ACAGGGUGAAAGCAAAGAAAGGGGUGAACCUCCUCAGCACCAAGUCGAAGAGUAACCAGUGGAGGGUUGAAUGGGAUGUGCAGUCCGGAGCCAAACACUCGAUUGCAACCGUGGAAGCCAGCAAGAUCAAAGGAGUCACUGUGGACGUGGCUGCCAACAUUGAAAUUAUGCAGCUAGACUUUGAGAUGGAGAACUUCACCAGCCAAUCAGUCACCAGAAGAAUCAACUGGAAUAUUGAUUACCGGGGCCAGAAUCCAGUGUCGGAUGCAGAGAAGGUGGUCACAGAGCUGACGGUUGUGCAGAAGGACAUCCAAGCCAUCAUUCCUCUUUCAAUGGACACUGAGAUUAUCAACACGGCAGUCCUUACUGGCCGAACUGUGGCCAUCCCUGUCAAGGUGGUUUCCAUUGAGAUAAACGGAGCAGUCACUGAUGUGUCAUCCUUUGUGCAGUGCAAGUCAUUCAACGAGGAAAUCGUCAAGGUGUCCAUGAACUGUGACUAUGUGUUUGUGAAUGGAAAAGAGACGCGUGGCUCCAUGAACGCUCGGGUGAUUUUCAGCUAUGAGCACCUGAGUGCCCCUCUUGAGCUCACUGUCUGGGUGCCCAAACUGCCCCUUAAAGUGGAGCUCUCAGACAACAGACUGAGCUUCAUCAAGGGCUGGAGGGUGCCGAUCUUACCCGACCGCAGAACGGCCAGAGACAGCGAUGACGAUGAUGAUGAUGACCGCAAAGUGAGCCGUGGUUGUACGCUUCAGUACCAGAGGGCCCAGGUUAAGGUUCUGACCCAGUUCCACACUACUUCUACUGAAGGCACAAACCAGAUGAUCACUAUGCUGGGUCCUGACUGGCAAGUGGAUGUGACUGAGCUGGUGCAAGACUCUCUGAAGGUGGUGGACGCCAGGGUGGCUGAGCUGGUGGACAGGACGGUGCUUGUGGCCAAUGAGCUUGGAUCAUCCACUCUGAAGGUCGAAUCCCCACUGGCAGUGGAGGCGGUACUGGGUGAAACGCAGUUCUUUGUGGUAGACGAGAAAGUGUCCAUUGCGGAGCUUCGUGUUCAUGCCAUCUCGGGACUGGCACUUAAUCUUCAACCAAGCCCUGGCAACAGCCAUACCAUGGUUGCCAAGGCAACUGGCCUGCAGACACUCUCCACUCUUAAGCAGGAGGCCAGUUUGUCCAUCUGGGUUUACUACAGUGACAAUACCGCCGCCCCCCUGAGUAUGUACGACCCUAAAGACUACAACCUCAAUGCCUCCACAUCAGACGAUAAAAUGGUUUCGGUGGCUCAACAACCCCAGGGGCGGUGGCCAGUCAUCGUUGCCGAGAGUGAGGGGACAGGAGAGGUAGUGCACGUGGAGAUGACCAUCAGCGAAACCUGCCAGAAGACUAAACGCAAGAGCGUAAUUGCUUCAUCUCCCGUGUUCGUCAAAGUCCGCUUUGGACCAGAUGAAGACUCUGAGGAGGAAGUGGAUACAGAUACUGAAAUAGACACUGGAAUGGCUUCCAACACAAGAAAGCCAGCCAUCGAUCCCAACGUAGGUGGUGCAGGGUAUGAGCCAUCUAAUGAGCAACCCGCAAGCGUGCCCAUUGAUUACACCAACUUCCCUACAAUAAGCAAUUCCGAGGAACCGACUGAAGAAGAUGAGGAGGAUGACGAGUUUGUGCACAAUCCCCGUAGCAUGACCGACCUAGAGAUCGGCAUGUAUGCUCUCCUCGGCGUGUUUUGUCUCGCCAUCCUGGUCUUUCUUAUAAACUGCAUCGUGUUUGUGUUGAAGUAUCGCCAUAAGCGCAUCCCUCCUGAAGGCCAAGCCAACAUGGACCAUUCCCAUCACUGGGUGUUCUUGGGUAACGGGGAACCCCUGCGCACCCAGAACGACCUCUCGCCCCAGACGGUGGAGAGCCCCAGCAACACCUUGGAGGGGGUACAGACAUGUUGUCACGGGGACCACCACAGCAGUGGCAGUUCGCAGACCAGCGUACAAAGCCAAGUCCACGGCCGAGGAGACGGCAGCUCCGGCGGUUCCACCAAAGACCACGGAGAAGAUGCCAACUCGCCAACCUCCAAACGCAAGCGUGUCAAGUUCACCACCUUUACCCUUCCCACAGAGGAUUUACCCUACAACUCCAUCCCCAUUGCCAAUGAAGAGGACAUUCAGUGGGUUUGUCAAGACAUGGGCUUUCAGAACCCAGAGGACCUGCACGACUACAUGCGCAGGAUAAAGGAAAUAGCCUGAUCGGGUUAGAUGCUUUCUAAAGACGUUCCUUUCUAUUUUUCUCUCUCUUAUUUUUCACUCCAGAGGAGGUACCUUUCAUGACGAAAACAACAAAACAAACAAAAAAACAACAACAACCAAGGCCUAAUGUCCAGUUUUGUUGGGGUUUUCUGCACAGUGCUGUUUCCCUUACACAUUGACACAAUUAAAAAUAUAUUCAUGACGCUGCCAGGGAAGCCAAAGACAAGUCUAAGGGAUUCUAGCUAAAAUGGCUUUAGCGGUGUGUGUGAUUGCUGCUCAGUAGAAGGGUGAGUGUACAAUCUUUGUGGGAAACAGAGUUUUUUUUUUUAGUUGUGAACACUAAUAUCAAAAUGGAUCACUGAAGUACUCAAUCAUGUGUGGGUCACCCUACUGUGGAUGGGAUCUUUCUCAGAGGAAUGCCUGGAGUCUUGGCACUGUGUCCAUUUUUCUUCUUCUCUCUUUUUUUUUUAAUCCAACAGAUUCUUCUCCAACAAAGAGGCCUUUGAAGUGCAGAUCUACUUUUGUCCCAGAUUUGUGUUUGAGAUGGAUCAUUUUCAUGCCAUUGUUGAUAAACCUGACACUUAGCCACAGAAACUGUCAGGGAUGUUCGUGAGAACGUGCCAUGGAUUCUUUUCUGUCAGUGUUGGAAAGGUGGAAUGGUUUUAUCCCCCCGCCCCUCUUAUCUCAGUUCAACACAUGCCUUGGUUGUUGAAUUAGGUAUUCGUCUGUCUUUGGUAUUUCAUACUCAUUCUCAAUCUGGAUCCCACCUCUGCUUCUCUCACUGUCUUGGUUAAGUCAAAUGCCUUAUUUUUAAAUGAAUCUCAAUAGUCACAACCUCUCUCUGUGCUGACACCACAUUUGUUCAUAUUGGUAAGGGCCAAAGCAGGGGGCAACUCCACGGAUGUCUGUAUCUCAAUGAAAUGUGUCAGCAUGGGGAAGACGAGAGCUUGUACAUUGUGGAGUUGGGUAUCUUCUCCAACAUUCCUCUGCAUGAAUGGAGACUUGGAGGCACAAUUAGCGCAAUUUUGUUUCUUUUUUACUUUGUAUAUGUUUGUAUUGUGAGAAUUAUCUAAUCAUGCAUAAAUGAUAAUAGAGGACAUAUCAUGUUACCAUGCAUUACAUGCAUGUGCCAGACGCUCCCUCCUCCUAUGUACAUACCAUGUUCAGUACACAACGACUGCUGACGCUUAACUCUUGAUUACUCGGUUAGCCUGAGAAGUAAGAGAGGCAGAUGCCAUAUAGGAAGUCGGCAGCCGGAUACUUGAAUUUCAGUGAGGCUCUCGUUUCUCUUUUUCUCUCUUUACUGAACUCACCGUGAAUUCCCAUCCAGGUGGUAAUAGAGUUAAGGAUAAAAUGCUAUGCAAACACACUGGAGGGGUUGAUUAUUGUGGUUAGGUAAAUCUGCCCUAGAUAGGCCUAUUAUUAUAGCACCACGAUUACUUUAGUUAAUAUACCAAGAAAUAUCUCAAACUAGUUCAGUAACAUCUGCCACAAAAUGCGGUAGCACACUAGAUCAGGCCCAAAAAUGUAAACAUUUACUAGUUUAGUAAGGGUUAAACUGGUAACGGGUCUGGAAGCUUUUUUUUUUUUUUGUGGUGGGGCACAAAGACGUUGUAUCUGUAUUGCUGCUGACCAAUCACAGGUUAGUUUCAGGGUUACAGUCCCAACCCUCAGUUUUCUUCAGGAUGUCUAAAUUCACACACUGUAUUAAAUGCUUAUUUCCCACUGUGCUUAUUUGUAACAUGCAGGAUUUACCUUUGACUUGUUUUUAAUAGUCUUAUUAGUCAUUUUCCGGUAACCGGAGGGAACACCUAUAUUUGCUUUUUUUGGUUUAUAGUAAUUUUAUUAUUAUUAUUUUUUAAAUAGAUCACUCCUAAUUUAAUCAGAGACCCUUUGCACUCCAGAUAAGAGUCACAGAGAAUUUAAUACCGACACCUCUCCACCUUUCUCCUAUUGUUGCCCCCUUCACCCUUUAAAAAAAAAGGAAUAAAUAAACCCUCAAUCAUAUGAUGUGUGAUGAAAUGUUAAUUGAUGAUGUAACACGUCAAGGUAUUAGGUUUUGAUUGACAGCUGGAGUGUUGGUCAAGUGUUUAGUUUGGCCCACACUACAGAUAUGGAGGCUCAGAACUGAAUGUAAACUUUUCAAUGUACCUUGGUGAUCAAAAUGAACAUAAUUUCCAAUGUAUUAUUAAUGGGGUACACGAGACUCGAUACGACUACUAGCAAGUCUCUGGUAGCAGCUCAUAGACGUUUCCGUGCUCUAAAAUUAUUUUCUAUAAAAAAUGAUUAUGGUGUAACAUCACCAUCAGGACAUUUUUGGUUUCAUAUUGGGUUUUUUUUACUUUCAACUGAUGUACGUAUGUAAGUAUAUGAAUCAGCAGUUGCAAUAUCUGUGCUUUCAUUUUUCUUUUUCAAGAGGAGCUGCUACUAGGCCUUUGCCUUGACCACAUGCUGUGUUGUGGUGUAGAUUUGAGCUGUACUCUAUGACCCGCUGAAGCACGGUACUGUCAGCCAUGUGCUGUCACACCCUUAAUGUACAGAGCACUGUUACAACAUCCUGUAUCCUCCCUGAAAAAAACAACUGUUGUAUUUCCCUCCUUAUAUGUAAGUACUAAAGAAAAUACAAUGCAUAAACUAUG